CCCCACAGCUGUUAGACACAGAGGACCGUACAGGUGCGUCAAAGAUGAUCUUCCUCGUAGCCCUUGUCCUCACUGUGUGCGCCCUCACAUCAAGGGUUGAUUGUGCCACGGCAGGAAUUGACUGGUGUUACCAUCUCCCAACCUGCAGUGACACCAACUGGGCAACCAUCGCUCCCAAAUAUUGUAAUGGCUCCCGACAGUCGCCCAUUAACAUUAACACAUCAGCUGCCAAAACUGAUGAAAACCUGAAGGCAUUCACCUACACCAACUACGGCAGUACCACCGCCCUGAAAACCCUUCAAAACACCGGCAAGACAGUCAAGGCUAUCCUGGAAAGCGGUCUCAAGAUUUCCGGGGGAGGUCUUGCAGACAACUAUGACAGCCUUCAGUUCCACCUGCACUGGGGAAAUGGAACGUCAUUCCCCGGGUCUGAGCACACAGUGGAUGGCAAGCGCUACCCCAUGGAGAUGCACAUUGUAAACGUCAAGUCAUCCUACAAUGGCAACACAACCAUGGCGGUUAGAGACUCCAAUGGCCUUGCUGCUUUGGGUUUCUUCAUCGAGGAGAUGUCAGGCAGUGCCACUGGAGAACCUGCAGUCUGGAAGACCUUGACCUCCUAUCUGGCUAACAUCACAAACAAAGGUGAAACAGUAACCCUUCCUUCUGGAAUCUCACUGGAUGACCUCCUUGUUGGGGUGAACCGUGCUAAGUACUAUCGUUACCUUGGCUCCUUGACUACCCCUGCUUGCAAUGAGGCUGUCGUUUGGACUGUGUUCAAGGAGCCGAUCAAAGUCAGCAAGGAUUUGAUCGACCUCUUCAGCAAUACAGUACACGUCAACGGCAGCUCAUCGCCUUUAAUGACGAAUGUCUUCAGACAGAUCCAGCCAGAUCAACCAGUCACAACACAGGCUGCAAGCUCUGCCUCCACAACCUGCUACUCUCUGGGGCUGGUGCUGCUGAGUCUUGCUCUGUGGAAGAAUCUGUAAUCAAAAACAAUCCAGCAACUUAUUUUGUUCCUGGGGAACCUUUUUUUCUCCUGUAUGAUUUUGUCUGACUUUAGCCCUUUCCAAGUUGUUAAUACAUAAAGAAUGCACUGAACUACUUGUCAUUAGUGCCCUUAAUGCAACAUAUAGGAUGCAACAUGUACAUGUGAUCGUUCUUCUUACAUUCAAGACGAAACAGAGCCUCAACAGCACAAUUGCUUCUUCUUUUCCAAUUUAGCUUGAUAUAAUAUUAUUUUUAUCACAACAUUGUUUAACGGACAUUAAAUGUAAUGUUGACAGCUGUUCUAAUUAAUUUGACUAUCACACUUGUCAUGUUUAUUACUAAAUUAGUUUUUAUCAAGUUUUUAUCUCUGGACAUUUGCAAGUAUAGAAGUCAUGUUAUGAACAUGAAAACUUGAGUACUGAAUCGGGCACAGCUCACGUCCAUUUUGAGCUAACAUGGCUAUUUUCAGGUAUCUGAGAAAGGGAUAUUGUACUAUGUUUACUGAAGAGCUCUACUGAUAGUGGUUUUGAAAUCGUAAAAAUCAUUAAUGCAAUAUGAGAGUGGCAGUAUUUUACCACAUUGGCCUUGUGUUGAGAGUUACAAAUUGUUAACUACGUAUUUUUAUUUAAUGAAUUGAUAUUGUAACUUGAUUUGCUGAAUGUUCCCCUCCCUGGUGCAGACAUUGUUAGGACAUGAAAUGUCGCCAUCUGCCAAGCUGAUGAAUCAAAAUGAAACCUGUUUCAGUCGGUGUAAUGAAAGAAUGAGGUAUCACUUUAAUGAAACCCAUUGUGUCUUGCAAUGAUACGCACAAUCUUAUAUUCACACCUUUUUAACCUUGUGUUGACCUACUCCGAACAGAAUAGGAACAGAACUGUGGGCUCCGGUUUAACGUGUCAAAAUGUAAAAUGAUCAGUCACUAUUCAUCAAUCUCUGCUUGUCUUUGUAAACUAUGUAGAGUUUGUUUUACCUGCUCUAUUUUAAGACAUUUAAUCCCUGUUGUUUCUCUUGGGCAGAACUUAAGCCAGAAAACAGAGACAUGGUUUUAGAGAGCUCAUCAGUAGAGUUAUCCCAGAAGACAUGAAAGCCUGGUUGUUUCAAAGAUCACUUCUCAAUUUUUUUUAACACAUGGCUUUGACGCUGCAGUUUUUCCAUGUUGUGCUUUUAACUUUAGUCAUUGUGUGUCAUUUACAAAUAAAAAAUAAUAUUUA